AUGCCGGCAGCGAUUCCAAGCGAUACAGGCAUCAGCUUGGGGUACAAGGACGUAUGUCAAUCAAUGGUUCAUCGCGAUCCCACGGCGUCGCACGGGACCACUGACGCACCAGGCCUGCCACCAGCGGCCCUGAAAUCAGAAACACGGCGUCACGACGCCAAGCGGCCGCUUGAGGCUGUCAAAGACUUGAACGUCUCGACCUUACAAGCACAGAUCAGCUGGAUGUUGACGGCUGAAGGUGCCUGGAAAAUCAUGGGCCGCAAGGGACGUGCGGGAAGCAGCAAAGAGAAGUUGGAAGAGGGCUCAGAAGCUGUGCGUGAGGUACCAACCCCACUGCGCCAGCACGUGCGCGCCACAGCCAACAUCUUGGAAGAGGUCAUGCGACGAAAAGGCGUCGAUGAGGCGUGGGACGCCUUGGAGCAGAUGCACGUGGAGGGAAAGACCACCGACAAGUACACCGUCUCCCGGAUGCUGAUGAAGACCGUAGGCGAUGGAGCCCACCUGGACCCCUCUCGCGCCUACCGCGGAAUCGCCUUGGUGGAACGCUUCAUCGAGAUGCAGCCGGAGGAUGUUGAUGAAGUCCUUUUCAACGCUCUCCUCGAUACCUGCUGCCGGCUUAAGGACUUAAAGCGAUUGGAGUCCUGCGUGAAUUGGAUGCGUCGUUUGAAAGUGAAGCCAUCUCCAAUCACAUUGGGCAUUUUGGUGAAGACUUAUGGACAGGCAGGAGACCUCGACAAAGUCUUAGCAGCAUGGGAUGAGAUGGAGGAGCAGCGUGGCUUAGCCAACUCAGUGACCUACGGCUGCAUGUUGGACGCUUGCGUGAAAUGCGGCAACCUGGAGAAGGCUGUGGAGGUCUUCCGAGGAAUGCGUUCGACGGGGAAGCAUCGGAACACCAUUCUGUACACCACCAUGAUCAAAGGCUAUGGUUUGCACAAGGAUUUGGACAAUGCCUUGGAACUUUUCCAUGAAAUGCCGGAUGAAGGAGUGCCUUACAACACCAUCACGUACAACUCCAUCUUGGAGGCCUGCGUGAAAUGUGGAGAUGUGACCUCCGCCGAGGAGAUCUUGGACCAAAUGGUCCAGACGGAGUAUGAUAUCGAGCCGGACCUCAUCAGUUAUUCAACAGUACUGAAGGGCUACUGUCAGAAUGGUGAUUUGCUGAAGGCACUGUGCAUGUUCCAGGAGAUGAAAGAGCACUCAUUGCGAUGUGACGAGCUGGUGUACAAUACAUUGAUGGAAGGCUGCGUCAAGGCAGACGAUUGGAAAGCAGGCUGCGGUCUCUUCGCUGAGAUGGUCAACAAGGGUUUGAAACCCUCAGCCAUCACGGCCAGCAUUUUGUCAAGGCUCUUUCAACGCGUGGGCCAUGAGGAUGCGGAUGAAAAGGUGGCUGACCUCUUCAUGGUGUUUGGUUUGGAUCGGCCCCAGCCUGCCGAACGCCGGCAACGGCGGAACCUGCAUGGCAACAGCAGAUUGCCACCGUCCCCCGGGGUUGAAACCACUUCACCAAUGGAGUCCACUCCCGGCAUGGCUCGAACCAGAACGAAUGGGGCCUUCGCGGGAUCGCCACCGCGGCUGAGCUCUCCGGCAGGGCGCACGCCCCUCUCCCGGUCUCUCAUGGCAUCACUGAACGUCCACGAGGAGCAGGGAGUAGAUCCCCUGCCCACUGGCCGUGUGGUUCCUGCCCUGCCGGUGGGCGCCAUGAGUGCCAUGGGUGCCAUGCAUCAGAAUGAUCACUUUCAUGACCAGGGCAGCACAUCGUCCCAUCAUUCCCGGGGACCAUCACUGGUCUCGCUGCUCCCACCACUGGAUUUCCCGGAGGCAGUGGUCCUGCGAAGGGAUGCGGGGUGCUAA